AUGAAAGUUAAAUGUUCGUUUAGGCUGAGAUAUGUUCCAAGUGGUAUUUGUUGGAAGGUGAUGGUUAGGUGCAGGAUGAACAAUCAUAAAUUAUUUGAGGAUUUGGAAGGCCAUCACCUAUUGGGUCGUCUAAAAGAUCAUGAAAGAAAGUUUAUGAAUGACAUGACGAAGUAUAAUAUGGCUCUAAGGUACAAAGAUUCAAAAAACCUCACGAAUGUUACUCAGAUGUAUAAAGCUAGAGCUACAUACAUAACAGGAAAGAUAGGUUCAUUGAUAGAAAUGGAGAUGUUGUUGAUCCUUGUUUAUAAAGAGAAAUACAUGUGUUGGACUAUAAAUAGGGACAAGUCAGAUGUUGUAGCUGAUAUCUUUUGGACACAUCCUGAUUCAGUGAAGUACUGGAUACGACUACUUGAGACUGUUGGUGUUACAUCUACAAAGUUGACAUUUUUAGUUGUCUUUGCCAAUUUAGAACAUGAAAGGGAGGAGAAUUUUACAUGGGCAUUAGAGAAGCUCAAAGAGUUGUUCUCUUUAGAGAAAUUGCUACCAAAGGUUGUGGUGACAGACCGAGAAUUUGCAUUGAUGAAUGCCAUGGAAUCUGUGUUCCCAGAUGCAUCACAUCUAUUGUACAUAAGUCUUAUUGAGGCAAUACUAGAUUGUAUUCAUGAGAUGAGAAUUCAUAUACAUGGUUUGAGGGAAUGCAUGAGUUUGGAAUAG